AUGUCUCUGAAUACUCGUAAUAAACGAAGAAGAGAACUUCGAGAAGAACGUGUUUUGCAAGAUGGAUUUAUAUUUCAAUUACGUGAUGAAACAUUGUUGAAAAUAUUUAAAUAUUUGACCACUGCUGAACUGAUCACUGCGGCAGGAGUUUCUCAACGAUUUCGAACCAUUGCAUACAAGCUCCUAGGAAGAUGGACGAUCAUUUUCACACCGCUGGUUUCAGUAUUUAUACAUUGA